CGUGUCUUUCGACAUAUUGGACACCAAGUUCGAUAUGAUCCUAGGCAUGUCGUGGCUGCAAAGCGAAGACCAUCCGGUGAACUUCCAUCGACGCACCGUUCACGUUCGUGAUCGGCGUGGCGAACUAGUCUCGUGUACAGUGCCGCUUCCUCAUCCUUCGAUUGGUUGUCACGUGGUACCCGCGGCGAGCAUUCGCCAAUCCAUCCGGCGGAACGACAUCGAGGAGAUGGGCAUAUGUUUUCUUCACGCCCUCCCACCCGGUGAUCAGCCCAAGACGGAUACGUCGGACCCACGCAUCAUUGAGCUGUUGGACAGCUAUGCGGAUGUCUUUCAAGCUCCCGCCGGAGUCAUACCGGAUCGGCCCAUACGCCACGGGAUCACUCUCGAGGACGGCGCCGUACCUCCCCGCGGAUGUAUCUACCGCAUGAGCAAAGAGGAACUUCAAGUGCUUCGGGCACAACUAGACGACCUCUUGGCCAAGGGCUGGAUUCGCCCUAGCUGUUCACCAUACGGUGCUCCCGUUCUCUUCGUCCGGAAGAAGAACACGGACCUUCGUUUGUGCAUCGACUAUCGGAAACUUAACGCGCAAACGAUCAAGAACGUCGGCCCUUUCCCUCGGAUCGAUGAUCUUCUCGAGCGACUAGGCGGCGCCAAGUACUUCUCGAAGCUUGACCUCAAGUCCGGAUACCACCAGAUCGAGAUCCAGCCAAGAGAUCGGUACAAAACUGAAUUCAAGACGUGCCGGACGUUGGACGAGCACCUCAAGCACCUUCGCGCCGUAUUGGAGCGGCUCCAUAUCGCCAAGUACAAGGCGAACUGCGACAAGUGCGAGUUUGCCCAGCAAGAGCUGGAGUACUUAGGCCAUUACGUUACGCCGCAAGGCAUUCAUCCGCUCGCGGACAAGGUACAAGCCAUUCAAGAUUGGCCAGACCUCAAGUGUACUACUGACGUCCACUCCUUUCUCGACUUGGCAUCAUACUGCAUGCGCUUCGUCAAAGGAUUUCAACGCAUCGCUGCACCAUUGUCGCGGCUUCAGUCCCCCUUGGUGCCCUUCGAGUUCAGCGACGAAGCCUGGCAUGCGUUUCACACGCUGAAGACGGCUUUGCUUCAAGCUCCCGUCUUAAGCAUCCAUGACCCGACAUUCCCCACCAAAGUGACUACGGAUGCUUCCGGUUAUGGCAUUGGCGUGGUUUUGGAACAGCAUGACGACACAGACUGGCAUCCGGUUGAGUACUUCAGCCAAAAGGUGCCGCCCAUCAACACUCUUGAUGAUGCGAGGAAGAAGGAACUGCUAGCUUUUGUCACUGUACUCAAGCGUUGGCGUCACUUCCUCCUCGGGCGUCGACGAUUCACGUGGGCAACGGACAACAAUCCGUUGACGUAUUACAAGACGCAAGACACUGUGAGCAGCACGAUCGGUCGUGACUUCACCUCCAAGCACAUUCCGGGCUCCUCGAACAAGGCUCGCGAAGACCUGAUCUUUGCGCCUUGGUGCACUCCACAUUCGGCCUCGACGAGAACCUGCAACAACAUUUCAUAAACGGCUACAAGUCGGACCCGGGAUUCUCCACACUCUAUGCAGACUAAUCAUCGGAUCACCCGCCGGCAAGCAACUAUCG